AUGAACGCGAGUGAGCUUGCUGAGCAGAAAAGACGAGAAGAUUUUCUUCGUGCCUACAAAAUUCCAUUCAAUUUGGCAGACCCCUUCUCUUGGCCGUACCCGCACAGGGUAGCAUUUUUCGCUGCAGUUGGGAGUACUGUCAGCUUCUAUUUUCAUAACCUUUAUUUUAAAAGGCCUCUGUAUUUCGGGAGCAUACCGGCCUCUGCAGCAAUCGCAACAGUGACUGCUUUAGCCUACGGAGCUGGAUUGCUUCGUGAACACCACUGUCGAACUAGAGACGCAGUUCUUGAACAUUAUAUUUCUCUCCAUCCGGAAGACUUUGAUCGUUUUUGCACAUCUUUAUUUAAUUCACCAAUGGAUAUCACCGAAUCGUCAGAUGCAGUUUUAAUAGAGGAAAGGCGCAGAAAAAUGCUUGAACGUUUGCAAGCUCGGCAUUUGCAAAAUCCUCCCCCCAUCAAUACUUUGAGGAAUGAGGCAGUCGAGCCAAAAGAAGUGGAGGAGUUGCAGAAUCAAGCAAAACUUCUUCUCUCUGAUCCCCACGCUACAGUUGAUUUAGCAUUUCUUGAAAAAAUUGAGUCUGCUUUAUCACUGCUUCCUUCUGUCUUUUCAUUCAAGUCCAGGCAGCAGCAGAAGAAACCUGCCGAUACGCUUUCAGAGGGCAAGAAAGUUGCCGCGGUAGUGGAGGGUGCCACCGUGAUUACUAGAUCUAAAGAUGCAAAAACAGUUUCUAACUUGACGGGCGACAAAUUACGAUUAGACGGAAUGGACGGUGAAGAUAUUGCUAUGAUGCAUUUAACCAACAGCACUGUAAUAGUACCGUUCAAAGCAUCCACAGUACAUUUAAAAGAAGUGACAAACUCUACAGUUAUUCUUGCUCCAGUUCAUUCAUCAGUCAUGAUUCGAGACUGUUCCGGCCUUACUGUUGUUGCUGCUGCUCAGCAAAUACGAAUACACAAUAGCUGUAACAUUCAUCUAUACAUUGCUGUUCGUGGUGCAGUGAUUAUUGAGGACUGCGACGGUAUUGAAGUGGCGCCUUAUCGAGUUAGCGGAAUAAAGUUAGAAUGGGAUAAUAGCAGCUGGAAGGAAGUGAAAGAUUUUAACUGGUUAACAGUUGAAAAGCCUAAUCCUCACUGGAAGGUCAUGGACGAACAGUCGUGGCAGACAUUUGACUUGAACUGCACCUGA